AUGAUCAAUGCAGUCAAAGGGUUGGGUUCAAUUGACGUUGUUCUCCAUGUCGGUGUUGGAGAACUCCACCGACCUACAUCGUCUUCCCUCACCUUCAGUCACAUGAUCUACUGCCGUUUCAGAUCAAUGGAUGAUUAUCAGGUCUACUGUGCUCAUCCUGCACACAUGAGGGUUCUCACUGAGAAUGUAGAACCAAUAGUUGAUGAUGGUGUGCUUUUUGACUGGAUAUCUAACGGUCUUAAUGAAUCACCAAAGCCAGGAUCUGCAGUAAGAGUUACGUUACUGAAGUUGAAGGACGGUUUGGUAGAAAAUGAGAAAAACAAGUUAGUAAUGGAAGUGAUCAUGGAAGGUAUUAAAAAUCAGUCAAAGGGAAUGAAUCAACAACAGAUAAGUUUUGGUGAGAAUUUAUCUCAGCAUAUAAGGACAAAGGGAUACUCAAUCGGUAUAAUUACUGUUUUCCCUGGACCUGCUGACUUGGAGGCUUCGAAUUCAGCUGCAGAUUUGGUCAAAGAGAAAGCAAAGGAUUCGAUAGAGAGUGAACUGGUAGCUGAUUAUGUGUUUCCACCACCAAAGGUUGCAAACCACUAA